CUUCUCUCUUUCUUUCUUUCUCUUUUUAAAUUUCUAAGCUGUUCUUGAAAGAGAUAGGGACAGAAUGAUCUGCAUCAACACUGUCAGAUGUUGGACUCAAUAUUUUCUAAUAUUCCCAUCAACUGUUCAGUAAUACUGCAUUUAUUCUCUGCGGUUAAAAAGGAGCAGUUGGCCCUCAAAACAGAGGAAGUUGUAAUAAUAAGGUUAAUCAGAAAGAUGUGGGUUCAUCUUUGGAUUCUUUUUUCUCAAAAGGAGAUACAAAAAGACAUGAGAACAAGUGCCCAGACAUUGGCAGAGAUUGUGAAAAAUACUGAAAAUUUCUUAAAAGAAAAUGGAGGAAAGUUGUCGCAAGAGGACAAGGCUAUUCUUGAACAGAAACUGAAUGAAGCAAAAACCAAGUGUUUGCUCCUUAGCCAAAAGGCAGAAGAAUCUAAAAAAGAACUGGAUAAAGCUAUGACAACAGCAAUUAAGCAGGAAACAGAAAAGGUUGCAGCCAUAGAACAGCUGGAAGAAAGUAAAAAUACAAUAGAAAACCUCUUAGACUGGUUAUCAAAUGUGGAUAAAGAAGCAGAAUAUGGCAGGAAAUUUAAGCAGGCAAUAGAACAGAAUGGAACACACUUUGAAGAGGGAGAUGUGAAGGCUUUGGAAGGAGAGGAGGAUGAUGUCAAUGGUAAUCUGUUGGAAAUUCAGCAAGACAUUGAAACUCAGGUGGAUGGACUAGUGAAAAGCACAGAAGAUAAUCUGAAUCAACAGUAUCAGAAAGUCAAGGCUCAACAUGAGAAAAUUAUUUCACAGCAGCAGGCUGUCAUAAUAGCAACUCAGUCUGCUCAGGCACUACUCGAGAAGCAAGGACACUACCUUUCUCCUGAAGAAAAAGAGAAGAUGCAGCGGAACAUGAAAGAGCUGAAGGCUCAGUACGAGACUGCUUUAGCUGAAUCAGAACGGAAGAUGAAGAUGACUCAUUCUCUGAGGGAAGAACUUGAGAAAUUUGAUAGAGACUAUAGUGAAUUUGAAACCUGGCUGCAGCAGGCAGAACAGGAGCUUGACAACUUGGAGGCUGGUGCUUCUGACUUCAGUGGUAUUAUGGUCAAAUUGAAAAGGCAGAAGAGUUUUUCAGAAGAUGUUAUAUCUCACAAGGGUGAUUUACGGUAUAUUACCAUUUCUGGACAAAGAGUUUUGGAUGCUGCAAGAUCAUGUAGCAAAAGAGAUGGUGUCAAGGUUGACAAAGAUGGUAUUGAUACUUCGGCUACUUAUGCUGAAGUGCAAAAUAAACUGGAUAGGGCUUCAGAUCGUUUUAAAUCUCUCUAUACUAAGUGUAGCAUCCUUGGAAAUAACCUUAAAGACUUGGCAGAUAAAUACCAGCAUUAUGAAGAUGCUUCAUCUGGACUUCUGUCGGGUCUUCAGGCCUCUGAAGUAGCUGUGAACAAACAACUAUCUGAGCCAAUUGCUGUGGAUCCCAAAAAUCUCCAAAGACAACUGGAAGAAACCAAGGUUCUUCAAGGGCAAGUGUCUAACCACCAAAUUGCUGUAGAAAAACUUAAAAAAGCUGCUGAAGUGCUUUUGGAUUCAAGGGGAGAGUUGGCAUCGGACAAAGAGGAGAUUCAGAAAACACUGGAUGAUAUUGUGGAGAGAUAUGACAAUUUAUCCAAGUCUGUGAAUGAAAGGAAUGAGAAGCUCCAAAUAACAUUGACUCGAUCCCUAAGUGUGCAGGAUGGCUUGGAUGAAAUGCUGGAUUGGAUGGAAGGUGUUGAAAAGAGCCUUGAAGAACAAGAUCAAGUGCCUUUGAAUUCUGCUGCUAUUCAAGAUGUCAUUAGUAAAAGCAUUAUGCUAGAACAAGACAUUGCAGGUCGUCAAAGCAGUAUAAACACUAUGAAUGACAAAGUGAAGAAGUUCAUGGAAACAGCAGAUCCAUCCACUGCAUCCUCACUGCAAGCCAAAAUGAGUGAACUUGCUGGACGUUUUUCUGCAGCAAGUAAGAAGCAUAAAGAAAAACUUAUGAAAAUGGAAGAAUUGAAGACUAAAGUGGAGUUAUUUGAAGAUCUGUCAGAAAAACUCCAGUCAUUCCUAGAUGAGAAAAACCAGGCUCUCAGUGAGACUGAGGCACCAAGAAAGGAUGUUAGUGAAGUGUCUCAGUACAUGCAGGAGGCUAGUAUAGAAUUAGCGAAACAUAAGAAGGACCUGGAAGUUUUGCAGAACCUUCUUGAAGAACUGUCUUUACAUGCUCUUCCUGGGGAUAAAGCAUUGGUACUAGAAAAAGUAAAUGCUUUGUCAAAGAAAUUCAGGGAGGUAGAGGAGACUGUAAAGGAAAAAGAAGAGGAUGUAUCAUCUUGUCAGAAAGAAAUUGAUACUUUUGAGCUACUUGUAGAAUCUUUGAAGAAAUGGAUAAAAGAGACGACAGAAAGAAUACCUGCUGCUCAACCCUCUCUGAAUACGGAAGAGUUAAAGAAGCCUUUGGAAGAUACAUUGAAUUUAAAAGAUGAGUGGACAUUAAAAGCAACUGAGCUGCAGAAAAUGAACAGCAGAGGAACACUGUUAUGUAAUCUGAUUAGUGCUGUGACUUCUCCUGCAAAACUGAGAGCAGUUGCAAAAUCAGUAGGUGGCACAGUGUUGAAUGGUGAAGGAGGAGCUCCAGGAACUCAGGAUUUUCUGAAAAACAAAGAACUGACAAACGUUCAACAGGCCAUGUCUGAUGUAAAUCAUAGUUAUGAAGAUUUGGGAGUUUCUCUGAAGAAAAAGAUUUCAGAACUAGAAAGUAUGCUUUCAAAAAUGCAAAACAUUCAAGAAGAAUCAACUUCAGUGAUGCAGUGGUUACAAAAAUGGACAAAACUGCAUCAGACUGGGAAGCUGCUCCAACUGACAGUGAAGCUGUUAAAGCCCAAGUUGAGCAACAUAAGCUAUUUGAAACUGAAUUAAAGCAAAGUGAGAAUAAAGUGCAGGAACUAAAGGACAAAGUGACAGAGCUAUUGGAGAAGAACCCCAACUCUCCCGAAGCACCCAAGUGGAGACAAGUGUUGGAUAAAAUAGACUCCAAGUGGAAAGAGCUCAAUCAAGUUACAUCUGAGAGACAA